AUGCCUCAUUUACUUAGCAAGUUAACAAAAUGUAUUCAUCGAUCACAUCGUACGACGAAAAGUGUGAAACCAAAAGUAAUUUGUGAAAAAAAAUAUAUUUUAAAAUUUAGUCGAUUUGAAUUAAUGCCUGAUGAAAUUCUUCUUGAAAUCUUUCAAUAUAUUUCAUUAAUAGAUUUAUUUAAUGGUUUUGUUAAUUUAAAUUUUCGUUUAAAUUUUCUUUUACGUGAUAUUCGUUCUGGUAUUUGUAUUGAUCAAAAUGAUGAUAAAAUCAAUCAAUCAUUAUUUUCUACACUUUAUUAUUUUUCAAAUCAAAUAACAUAUAUUCAUGUUGAUCGUUAUCCAUUAUUAAAUCUUGAUAUAUUUCCAAAUCUUCGUUCAUUAAUUAUCUAUCUUCCAACAACAAAACAAUUAUUAUCAAUAAAUUCCAAAACAAUGCCUUAUCUUUCUCGUUUAUGGCUUGGAAUAAUUGCUCAAAAAGAUCAAAUUAUACUUUGUAAUACAUUAUUUGGAAGUGAACAAUUUUCUAAACUUUAUUUUUGUAAUUUAUUUGAAUUUAAUUUAAAUGAUAAUAUAAAUUCAUUUCAAUAUUCCAAAAAUAUUCGAAAAUUAUUUAUAACAAAUUGUCAAACAAAAGAUUUUAUUUUACUUUUAUCAUUAUUACCUCAUCUUGAACAAUUAGAAAUUUGUAUAUCAAAUGUUUUAUCAACAUUUUCACAUAAUUUAACAAAUUUUUCUCAUAAAAAUUUACGAAUAUUAAAAAUUGAAUUUGCUGAAAAACUUGGUCAAUUAAAUAUUCUUAAUUCUCUUAUUUCAUUUGUACCUUAUGUUCAACGAUGUACACUUAUUCUGAUUAAUUUAAUUAAAAUUCGUGAUUAUGCACAUUUACAAAAUAUUCUUAUUGAAAAAUUUUUAGAAUUAAGAGAAUUUAUUUGUUCAAUUGAUUAUUAUUGUCAAUUAACAAGUAAUGAAAUGAGUUCGAAAUUUCAACGAUUAAGAACUAAACUUCCCUUUUUUCAAACAAUGAAAGUUAUACCUUGUGAAAUACAUCACAAUCAAUGUGUUAGAAAAACAUGGAUCAAUAAAACAUUUAUUCCAAUUUGUUAA